CGCAUAUUCUGGGCAUCACGGUGUGUUAAGAUGAAGUGGACUACGGCAAAUAUAAAGCACGCCAACUACACGGCGCAGCACGAACUGUAUGUGGGCACACACACGGGCUCCUUCAAGCACCUGUUGCCCGGAUCUGAGAAGUCCCCCCAUGGACAAGCCAACCUCAGCGACCUGGGCGCUCUGGACAAAGAAUCCCGCGUCACAUCGCUGGCCUUUGGCAACGAGGCCCAGACGGAAAUCCUACUCGGCCGGGCCAAGAACGACGUGGAGCUGCACUCCUUUGCGCAGGGAGGCGGUUCCAAGAAGACAGUAUCCUUUACCGCCGCUCCGAUCGUUGGAUUGGCACGGUACAAUGACAAGCUGAUUGCCGGCAUUGGCAACGGACAGAUUCAGAGCCUUGAGCUGGAGGCGGAGGAGAAAGCGGAGCCCGUGGUCAUUAGCACAGGCAACCAAAUGGACCAUCUGCGCCAGUGCGCGCAGGUCAGGAGCAUUGUGGCCACCGGCGGCAAGGAGCGUCAGAACAAUCUGAAGGUCUACGACCUGAGCGCCGACGGCAAGCAGAUCUUCAGCUCCAAGAACCUGCCGAACGACUAUCUGCAGCUGGAGGUGCCCGUCUGGGACAGCGACAUCGGCUUUGUGGACGGGCCCAGUGUGCUGGCCACCUGCUCGCGAACCGGCUACGUGCGUCUCUACGAUACGCGCAAGCAGCGCCGUCCGGUCGCCUGUUUUGCCAGCGAAGAGCACGGAAUGAGCUUUGCUACUUUGGUGGCGAGGGGAAAUUUCAUCUACACGGGCACCACAAUGGGCGCUCUAAAAGCCUUCGACACUCGACGCAUGAAAACGCAUGUGCAUACGUACAAGGGAUUCACCGGCGGCAUCAGUGAUCUUCAUCUGGACGUCACUGGCCGGUACUUGAGCUCCGCUAGUCUCGACCGAUAUGUUCGCAUCCAUGACACUGAGUCCACCGUGCUGCUCUACCAAUGCUACGUCAAAUCGAAGGCCACCAAGAUUCUUAUUCGUCAGCUGGAGAGUGAGCCACAGGUUGCUGCACAGCCCGAGGAUGAAGCAGAGCCAGAAGUCGUUAAUAACGUGAAGCAAAACAAGAGCAUCAAAGCAACACCUGUGGACAAUGAAUACGAAGACAUGUUCGAGCAGAUGCCCACUGUGGGCGACAGUGAUAAUGAGUCAGAGGAAGAAGAGAAGGCGGCUACCAAACCAAUCAAAGGCCAAGCUGAAAAGGAAAAAUCCCAGCCAGUCCUUGAAAACGAAAAAAACAAAGUUGUAAAUAGUUAAAGCCUCAUUUAUUUACUUGUUUAUAA